UCUGGGUAGUCAUUCUGUAUCUUCAAGUUGAGCAAUAAACACCAUUAAUUAGUAAUCAUUUGGCGACGAGGAAUAAUCACGAAUUGAUCGCUUUGGAGGAAGAGCUGCAGUUCCAAGAUCCAAGAUGGAAGAACUUUACCAACAGAUCCUGUGGCAGAACCAGCAGAUGGCGGAGCAAAACGCUCGUUUGGUCCUGAUGAUGGAACGCUUCGGCUUUCAAGAAAGCGGUCCCAUUCGGUCAGCGGGCAACCCGGAAUUCAUACUAGAAUCUCUGGCAUCCAACAUCAAGGAAUUCAUGUACGAUCCCGAGAACGGCCUGGUUUUCGAACGCUGGUACAGGAAAUACGAAGACCUCUUCCUCAAGCACGGAGCAAACUUGGACGAUGCGACUAAAGGUCGGUUGCUGUUACGAAGCCUCAACGUAACGGUCCAUGACAAAUACGUCAACUUUGUCCUUCCGAAGCACCCUCGAGACUUUUCGGAGAAACAGUGAAGAAGUUGACAGAGCUGUUCAGUACCCGAAUCUCUUUGUUCAGCAAGCGGUACAAGUGCUUCCAGAUUACCAAGAACGAAGCGGACGACUUUCUAACGUAUGCUGGAACGGUGAACUGGUACUGCGAAGACUUCGAGCUCAACAACAUUACGGCGGAUCAAUUCAAAAGCCUGAUCUUCACAUGUGGACUACGAUCAUCAAAGGACGCUGACAUCCGGACGAGGCUCUUGUCUAAGCUAGAGGCCAACACAGACGGUGAAUGCACCCUGGAGUCACUCAUUUCCGAGUGCCAACGCCUACAGAACCUCAAUCACGAUACGGCCAUGGUGGAACAGAGGAAACCGGUAAGCUCAAUCUGUGCAGUCAAGCAGACCAAGCCCCGACCGUUUCCAACCGGUUCUAAGGAGAAGAUGAAAACGAAAUCCGAUGGUCCGAAAACUCCCUGUUGGCAAUGCGGCGAAAUGCAUUACGUCCGGGACUGCACCUACACGAAGCAUGUUUGCCGAGACUGCAAGGAAACCGGCCACAAGGAAGGUUACUGUGGUUGCUACACAUCCACGGCGACGACGUCCAAGAAGAAGAAACCCGUCAACGGCAUUUUCUGCGUCAACCAGGUGAGCUGCACAUCAAGGCGGAAGUUCCUGACUGUGGACAUCAACGGGUCACAAGCUACUCUUCAGAUGAACACUGCGUCGGACAUUAUCAUCAUUUUGCAGAAGGUGUGGAGGAAGAACCUGGGAUCGCCAUCACUCACAACCACAACACGGACUGCCAAAACAGCAUCGGGAAAUCAACUCCAUCUUCUCGGUGAACUCCAAUGCUCAGUCACGGUCGGAGGAGUCACCAAAAAUGCAACUUUCCAUGUAACCAAAAACGGCAUCAACCUGUUCGGAUUGGAUUGGAUCAAGCUAUUCGAACUGUGGGAUACACCGCUGUCUUCAAUUUGUAAUCAAGUCCAAGCCACUUCAGAUCACAUCAAUCAAGUUGUUCGGACCACCGGGGCUGAACGGUACGGUAUAGAUUCUCCGACGUUUGAUUGUAUUAUAGAAGAAAGGAGAUACGUCAAUCUACAUGACAAUGGUAGCUUAGAAGAUAUGAAAAGACUGAAAUCGUGCUGGUGCAAAUGCAGAUGUGAUUUAUGAUUGCGAAAUUUGAUACUGAAUUAUUGCGGAGGUUUAGUGAAUUGGUGGCACUUAUUUGUAAUUUGCUGAUACUAAGUAGAGUGCAAUUAGGCAUUACGACAAACGUUCAUUGGGCGGUACAACCAGACACCCUUUUUCAUUGUUUCCUUAAGUUGUAAGUUUCUCCUUAACAUUAAUUAUUGAACUAUUCUAAUAUGCUAAUAUGCAACACCCACAGUGGGAUCUUUGAUAGAUAUCGUUUCGAGCUCGUAUAGUGGGAUCGUCUGCAGAAGGAAAAACCAAUGUAAGAUACUUGAUACAUAACCUAGAACAUGCUAGAACACUAAAUAUAUAUACAUUUUUUAGCUUUGAGCGAAUCACCCUAAACCGCUUCAGGGAAGUUUUUUCUACCUACACACGAGUCCGAACAAUCUCAAAGAUUGCUUUCGGUAGCACACGAUGGCCCAUAAACAACCAAUGAACGACAGCUACUGCUUAUGCGAAUUAUGUCAACAAUCACCCUCCGCCGAUCGCGGUAUGGUGGCAUGCGACGAAUGU